AUGGCGUCUCCUAGCAGCGAUUUAGACAGAGAGAGAAGAAAAUGUACUUUUAACGUUGCAGAAUUAACCGAUAUCAUUAAUGGAGGACGUGAAAAAACCGAAAGACGCCAAUAUCUGGAAUCCCUCGUGCUGAAUGAGCCUAUCUUCAAUUAUGACGAUUACUAUUUCUUAUCCAGAGAAGAGAAAUACAGUGAUGCUGUGAAGAAAACUGUCAGAUUGGUUCAAGUACUUAAACAACAUAACAUUGAAGACCCUGAAGACUACCAAACUUUGCUAAAGUACGUACUUAACCUCAACCUGCCAAUUGCAUUGCACAAUUCUAUGUUUAGACCAACCAUUAGGGAUCAAGGUACUGACGAGCAACGUAAGAAAUGGCUACCUCUAGCGAAUGACUAUAAAAUCAUCGGUACUUACGCACAGACUGAAUUGGGCCACGGUACCUUUAUACGUGGCUUAGAGACGACAUCGACUUACGAUCCUAAAAGAGAAGAGUUUGUUUUAAAUACGCCGACUUUAACAGCUACUAAAUGGUGGCCUGGAUGUCUCGGGAAAACCUCUACUCAUGCUGUCGUAAUGGCCCAGUUAUACAUCAAAAAUCAGUGUUAUGGUAUUCAUUCAUUCAUUAUUCAAUUACGCAGCUUGAAAGAUCAUUCACCAAUGCCUGGCGUAACAGUCGGAGAUAUCGGAAAUAAAGUCGGCUUAGAAACUAACGACAAUGGCUUUCUAGCAAUGGAUAACGUUAGAAUUCCACGCGAAAAUAUGUUAAUGAGACAUGCCCAAGUUUAUCCAGACGGAACUUACAGGAAACCAGCCAAUUCUAAAUUAGUUUAUGGUACGAUGGUGCUUCUUAGAGCGACUGUUGUGUCCGAAUCAGCUACGAAUCUAUCAAAAGCAGCGACUAUUGCUAUCCGAUACAGUUGUGUACGACGACAAACGGAAGCCAAACCAGGUGAACUAGAGCCGCAGAUAAUCGAUUAUGUAACUCAACAGCAUAAACUAGUUCCACAACUCGCUACCGCGUAUGCAUUCGCUUGGAUUGCUAGAUACAUGAUGUCGACUUAUCAUGCUCUUCAUGCUGAUAUUGAAUCGGGCCAUCUUGGCGCUUUGCAAGAGCUACAUGGUAUAAGUUCGGGCUUGAAAGCUUUCACUGCCGAGAUGUCUGUAUCUGGCAUUGAGGUAUGUCGUAGAGCUUGCGGAGGCCAUGGCUUUUCAGCAGCUUCCGGCCUCGUAUCGAUGUAUAAGGAUCGGCUACCGUCGUGUACUUACGAGGGAGAGAAUACUGUUUUAUAUCUACAGACUGCACGAUUCUUACUAAAAUGUUUCAGACAACCUAGUAUUACUCCUUCAAGUAUGUCGUAUAUUCAAGUUAAACCUUUACCUGGCGCUCGAUGGGGGGUUAAAUCACCAGAAGAUCUGAUGAAGCCUAUUUUACUUGUGGAAGCUUUUGAACAUAGAGCUCAAAGAACAAUCAAGAGCGCUGCUCAGUUCUUGGAAAGUCAAAUCUCUCAAGGUUUAGACACAUCGGAAGCUAUGAAUCGUUCAGGAAUAGAGUUUGUUCGAUGUGCAAAGGCGCACUGUUAUUAUUUUGUUACACGAAAUUUCUUUCAAUCGACUGCCCUAUUAAAGUGUAGCAAGGAGAUCAAAGAAAGUCUACUAACGCUUGGCGUUGUCUUCGCUUUGAAUGGAAUUGCAGAUAAUAGUGGAGAAUUCUUAGAGGAUUGCUUUAUUACCGGAACUCAAAUGGAAUUCGUUCGAGAACGAAUCCUUUACUGUUAUAAGCAAUUACGGCCGAAUUUAGUAGGCUUAGUAGACGCUUUCGCUUUUGCAGAUCAAUCGUUAAAUUCUGCUCUAGGCGCGUACGAUGGCGACGUUUACAAUCGCUUAUAUAACUGGGCAAAGCGAGCUCCUCUCAACAAAACUGACGUUCACUCAAGCUAUCAUAAAUAUUUAAAGCCUAUUUUAAAAAGUAAAAUUUAA